UGUUAUUUCUCGUACAUCUCUAAGAAAUCAAGAGUUCAAAGACAUGCCUGAGUUUAUGCAUUCUUAAACACUCUUGGAUAUGAAUGUACUGCUAUAUUCUGAGAUUCCUGUUCUAUUGAAGAAACCCAAAAUUUUCUUUUCAAUCAAACCUCGCUCUCUCUUGUUCUCUACCUUGACUGGGGAGAACCCGCCAUUUUAUAUACCUUCAUUGUCUGUAAAGCUUGCUUCUUCUCUUGAAAACUGUUCAGACACAAAUUCUCUGAAGAAGCUACACGCUUGCAUAUUAACACGCGGGCUUGAACACGACUCAUCUUUGGGCUCCAAGCUUCUCAAUAGCUACGCCAAGUUCGACCUUUUAGCUGAAUCGAAAUGGAUAUUUCACAGAAUUAGCGACCGCGAUUUUUCUAUUUGGAAUCCGACUUUUGUUGGGUAUUUUAGAGCGUUUCACUACGAUGAAGUCCUAGGGUUGUAUGUAGAAUUGAAGAGAAGGAGCAUCGGUAUCUAUGGCGCAGCCGUAACGUUUACGGUGAAGAGCUGCGGCGUGUUGGGCGACUUGAAAUUUGGGAGAGCUGUGCAUUUGGAUGCUGUGAAGCUCGGGCUGAAUACAGAUGAAAAUGUAGGGUCGUCGCUCGUUAAACUGUAUUCCGAGCGGGCUGCCAUUGGGAAUGCAGCUAAGGUGUUCGACGAAAUAACUGAGAGAGAUGUUGUUGUGUAUACUGUGAUGAUUAGCGGCUAUGCUCAAGGUGGUGAUCGGUAUGCCUACGAGGCAUUCAGAGUCGCACAUGAGAUGCAGAGGGAAAACAUUGAACCAAAUCGUGUUACUUUGGUUAGCUUACUUCAAGCAGCAUCUUCCAUGGGAGCACUGCAAGAGGGAAAUGCAGUUCAUGGGUAUGCUCUCAGAAGAGGGAUCGAUUGUUCGAAUGAUGUUUUUGUGACAACUCUGAUGGACAUGUAUAUAAAGUGUGGUGUCCCAGAUAAGGCCACUGCAGUCUUUGUGAAUACUAGAACGAGGAGUAUCGGUUCCUGGAACGCUUUGAUUGGUGGUUAUCUUAGGUUAGGGCAGUCUUUGGAGGCUCUGGAGCUUUUUGUUCAGAUGAUGACAGAAAACCACAAGCCUGAUUUGAUUGCUAUAGCGAACGGGCUGUCAAGUUGUGGUGAUCGACAGUACUUGCGUGGAGGAAAGAGCCUCCACGCUUACAUACUCCGAGCUGGAUGUAAGCUUGAUCUUGUUGCUACUACUACUCUAAUGGAUAUGUACUCAAAAUGCAAUUGCGUGAUCCAGGCUGAAGCAGUAUUUGAUAGAACAGAGCGCAAGGAUGUCGUCCUGUUUAAUGUGAUGAUAGCUGGUUAUCUUCAAAAUCGACUUCCCAAUCAGGCUGUGAAGUUAUUCCAUGAAAUGCUGCGGAUGGGAUUUCAACCAAACAUAAGCACGAUAAUCAGUGUACUCUCUGCAGUUUCUGAUCUGAAAGAUGCAAUACAAGGAAAUGGCAUCCAUGGGUUCCUGCUGAAACGCGGGCUUCAAUCCAACACUGAAUUAGCUAAUCAGCUCGUUGAAAUGUACGCAAGAUGCGGUGUCAUCAAAUCUGCAAGACAAGUAUUUGACAGGAUCGAGCAUAAGGACGUUGUAUCAUGGACAUCAGCCAUCAUGGGCCAUGUUAACAAUGGCGAGGCUGAGGAAGCCGUGCUCUUGUUCCAUCUGAUGCAAAGAGAAAAGAUAAAUCCCGAUUCCAUCACAUUAGUAGGUCUGCUCCAGGCAAUCGCUCAGCUUGGAUGUUUAAGCUUCGCGAGAGAAACUCAUGGGUGUGUCCAUCAGCUGCUAAGCGUGCAAAAGGACACACACCUCGUUAAUUCUCUGAUUAUUGCCUAUAGCAGAUGUGGAGAUUUAAGUGCAGCCAGGCUUUUGUUUGAGCGCAUGCCUGAACGCGAUCUGGCAUCAUGGAACACAAUGAUAUCUGCAUAUGGUGCACACGGGGACUGUGUCCAGGCGCUCAACUUAUUCAACCAAAUGAGAAAAGAUGAGAUUGAGCCUGAUAACUACACAUUUACAUCACUACUAUCUGCCUGCAGCCAUUCAGGAUCAUUAGCAGAGGGUCUGUCCAUUUUCAGGUUGAUGAUUGAAGAACACACAGUUGUCCCAACAGACGAGCAUUUCGGGUGCAUGGUGGAUCUACUAAGCCGAGGAGGGCGGCUCGAGGAAGCAUAUCAUCUUCUGAACCACGCGCCAUUGAGAGAAAACGCCUCGGCAUUAGGGGCUUUCCUUGCUUCAUGCAUGGUUCACAGAAACGCGAAAAUGGGUGAAACUGCAGGGAGACAGCUCCUAGAUUUAGAACCUGGAAAUCCAAGUGCUUAUGGUUUGGUAUCAAAUUUGUACGCUGGACAAGAGAAGUGGGAAGAAGUAGCACAGAUGGGAACCAUGGCGAAGGAGAAAGGUCUGAAAAGAGUUUCAGGACGUAGCAUCAUAGAGUACACGGUUUAGGAUGGAACAUCAAUACUUCAUCCCUCUCUUUUAUUGUCAAAAUUUUAAUGAUAUUCUUUCCCUGGAAGGGCUAGCGCAGGGGUUCGCAGGAUCAUCGGGGGGCGUUGGAGGGUUGAUUUCUUCUCUAAAAUCGAUCUCAUGACAGCUUUACGGCAGAACUAUGGAGCGUUCAUAACGGUUGAAGUGGAGUUAGGCUCGAAGGCAAUGGUAAAAAACCUUCUUAACAAGAUGGGCAACCUAACCAGGAAGUAGAAAUAAAGAAAAGAGAUCCGUAUGGACAAUUCAGUUGGUCAUAGGGGUGAAGUUUGAAAAGAAAGAUCAGAGAUCGAGUUUCACCCACGACAGUGUGAGAGAAAACAACCUCUUAAAGUGAGGAAUUUUUUAUGCACAGUAAACAAAUGUCUAGCUUCUGUGUUCAACUAAGGGCGGGGCACGGGGUCCCUUGAGAUUGGGAAUUCAACCUUUUAGGGGAGAGAGAGAAAUAAAGAAAAGAAGAUCUAACUCUAGUCAAAUUGGUCGGCGCGUUAGCUUGGUAACAAUAACGCUUGGAUUUACUCAAACACACUUGGAAGCACAUAAUGUAUAGAAGUUAUAAAGUGAUGACGCAUUCACUUAUGUAUAGACGGUGCAAUAACACAUCUAAGGCAUUUAGGGGCCUUUUAUUAGUA